AUGGACUUGCUGCUGCUGCCGGGAGGCUCGGGGGGCGCCUUUUGGCUGCUCAACACCGUCCUGGAGCGCCUGGUGCCGCCGCCCUCCCCGGAGCCGCCUUUCCGAUGGAAGUGGCGCAACAUUUGGACUUCGCUUGCCCACAGCCUGCUGAGCGGCUCCUGGGCCCUCCUCGGGUUCUACUUCUACCCCGCGAUGGGCGAGGAUCUCAUCGACCAGUUCUCGCCCUCCGCGCACUGCCUCCUGGGGAUCUCCAUCGGGUAUUUUGUGCAGGACUUCUUGGACAUGAUAUGUAACCAGAAGCUUCAGAAAUGUUGGGAGCUGCUCUUCCAUCACUUUGUGGUGAUUGUUUGUUUUGGCUUUGCCUUCCUGGUUCGUCGCUUUGUGGGUUUCGCUAUGGUGGCUCUGCUCGUAGAGAUCAACUCCAUCUUCCUACACCUGCGGACGAUCCUGAGGAUGGCUGGCUUGGUCAACACUGCCUCCUUCCGCCUUGCCAGCCUCGUCAACCUUGGUACCUACCUGGUGUUCCGUAUCCUGAUCUUGGCCUGGAUGAGCCGCUGGCUGGCCCUAAACGGGGAGAACGUCCCGGCGGUCCCCUAUGCCAUGGGCACAGUGGGCAUGGCCAUCAUGCUGCCCAUCAACGUUGUCCUCUUCUACCGCCUGCUACGCAGCGACUUCCUCCCGUCCCACAAGUAGCAGCCCCCUGCCAGCACCAGGGGAAGGGAGAGCGGCCAAGCAGGCAGAGGGAGGGGGGUUUCCCCAGCUUCUCGGGAGCCCCCCUGCUGCCGAGCGAUGCAGAGACGGGAGCAGGG